CAUCAGCACCAUCUCCAUGUUCUGCAGCCAAUUCUGAGUGUAGCAGUGGAACUUGUCAGUGUAUCAGCACCCAUUACCAGUCUGCAGCAAAUACUUGCAGUCAAAAAAUCUCGCUGGGUUUAGCAUGUUCUACAUCAGCACCAUCUCCGUGUUCUGCAGCCAAUUCUGAGUGUAGCAGUGGAACUUGUCAGUGUAUCAGUACCCAUUACCAGUCUGCAGUGAAUACUUGCAGUCAAAAACUCUCACUGGGUACAGCAUGUUCUACAUCAGCAACAUCUCCGUGUUCUGCAGCCAAUUCUGAGUGUAGCAGUGGAACUUGUCAGUGUAUCAGUACCCAUUACCAGUCUGCAGUGAAUACUUGCAGUCAAAAAAUCUCGCUGGGUUUAGCAUGUUCUACAUCAGCACCAUCUCCGUGUUCUGCAGCAAAUUCUGAGUGUAGCAGUGGAACUUGUCAGUGUAUCAGUACCCAUUACCAGUCUGCAGUGAAUACUUGCAGUCAAACAUGUUCUACAUCAGCACCAUCUCCGUGUUCUGCAGCCAAUUCUGAGUGUAGCAGUGCAAGAACUUGUCAGUGUAUCAGCACCCAUUACCAGUCUGCAGUGAAUACUUGCAGUCAAACUGUGGGGCUUGGCACAACUUGCACAGCGGCAACUAGUGGUAUUGCAUCAGCGCCAUGUUCCACUCUCAAUGCUGAGUGUCUUGGUAGCCCGACUAAAACUUGUCAGUGCAGGACUGGAUACUACCAAUCUGGGUCUAAUGCAUGCAGUUCACCUGUGGGGCUUGGGGCAACCUGCACAGCGGCAACUAGUGGUAUUGCAUCUGCGCCAUGUUCCACUCUUAAUGCCGAGUGUCUUGGUAGCCCGACUAAAACUUGUCAGUGCAGGACUGGAUACUACAGAACCACGUCUGAUACAUGCAAUUUACGCAAACCACUUGGCGAUGUGUGUUACAACAAUAUUGAAUGUUCUUCAACCUAUUCAGUUUGCAAAAGUAACAAAUGUGUGUGCGAUGAAGGAUUUUACGAUGACAACGGUCAGAAUUCAAGUGGAAGUUGCCAAUCAACUUCUGAUAUACAGGCUACCAUCACAACUAUGCAAGUGACCACCACCACUAUGACUGUCUCAUGGAUUGUACCAGCUGGUAAAGAGCUGUUUAUAAAUGCUUUUGAUGUUGCAUUGACACAAGUUACUGGCGGAGUUUUAGCGAGACAACAGCGAUUAAGUGGGGCUUCCAGAUCUGCAACUACAUCUGGACUGACUCCUGGAAGGGCUUACACUGUCAUGGUUACCUCAGUUAACAAUCAGACACAAGACCAAUCUGAGAGAACAAUUUCCAUCACCUCAAAACAAGCAACAAAGCCAGAUCCUCCAACUAAAAAAAGCAUAGAAGAUUCAGAUGUUCUAGGGAAUGACAAAACUAUCUCAUUUUCAUGGAAUGCAUCUGCAGGUUUUGCACAGGGUUACUUGGUGUCUGUGACAAAUUUUACAUCGCCAACACAAUCUCACCUAUAUACAGGGACAUCAGCCCAAAUCUUUGAUAGUAGAUUUAAAAAUGGUGCGACAUAUAUAAUACAAAUAGUUUCAUUAAGUGAACGUGUAGACACUAAGCCAGAUCAAGAAAGUGAACCAUUAUUGUGGCCCAUCAAAACUGAUGUACAAGUUCCCACUGCUCCCCUGAAUAUAAUAUGUAUUGAGAGAAUGGACACAUCAAUAAAACUCGCGUGGUCAAGCCCUUUGGAACCUAAUGGAGAUCUAGUUAGAUACAAUAUAGAAGCUAAGUCAUCAAACUCAUCAGUCAAUGUCAGCACACCUGGAGUCACUGACACAUUUAUUGUAUCUGGCCUGAGUCCAGGAGCUUAUUAUGCCUUCUAUGUUUAUACUGAGAAUGAGAAAUAUAAGUCAGUAUCUCCUGGAAUAUCAUCUGGUGGUCCUGAUGCAUGUAAAACAAAGGCAAAAUUGUCUGAGGCGCCUCAAAAUCUGCUGAUCGAAACUAUAACCAGUCGAAGUAUCAAUGUGACAUGGAUUAAACCUUUUAACACAUAUAGUAAGGAGUUGCUAGGAUAUGUGCUCCAAGCCAAGGCAUUGGACGCGCCAUGUGUGCAGCACUUGUACGUUUGCUCAAACUGCGCUUCCAACCUAGCUGCUGUGGCAGUAGAUGAAUUAUGCACAAACAGUGAAAAUGACACACAGCCGAAGGAAGUUUUGAAAGGUAACCAGAUUGCUAAUGUGCGUGGUCUCUUGCCUGACACAGUCUACACCAUAACAGUGGACGCCUUGAAUGAUGCAGGACGUGGUCAUAGGGCAAAUCUUUCAGUGAGGACAAGCGAAGAAGAGCCCCAAGCUGUGCCUGCUGAUAUCACAGUAUCAGACAUUCAGAAAACAUCUUUCAACGUGUCCUGGAGCCUGGUUGGUCCUCGACCUGGUCAGGUGACAUACACAUUGUCCUUGACCCCUGAUGAAGGGGCACCUGCUAAAUCAUACCCUGUCUAUGGGUAUACAAACACAUCGGUGGUGGUAAGUGGUUUAGAGGAGUAUUGGAACUAUACAGUCACUGUCAGUGCCAGAACUGGUGUGGGAAUGGCUAAAAUAUCACCCUCAACACAAUCAUAUAGAACACUCCCUUCAGCUCCAGGACCGGUGUCCUACUUUGCAAUUAUUGUUGCCAAAAAUCGAUCUGAUGACUAUCGCAAGUUGACAGUGGACUGGAAAGCGCCUUCCCUUCUCGAUAAAAAUAGUAUCAUUAAAGAGUAUGUGCUGUCGCAUAAUGUCACAACUGUUAUACAGCAUAUAAAGAGGAGCGAUGAUGGAAGCCAAGGGUACAGACAUAUAUUUGAUGUUCUGCCAGAGACCAUGUACACAUUUACGGUAUAUGCAGUCAAUACUGAGACAAAUGAACAUGACGGAGUUCCUACAACAAAGACAGUGACAGCUCCAGCAGGAGUUCCCAAGGUUGUUGUGGAUGAGACCAAUGCUCCAGUUGUGAAGCAAAUCGCCGUGGAGCAGACCACAAUCACUCUGAACAUCAGUGAGGAGUUCAUGUUGGACGAAACCAACGGACAAAUCAAGCGCAGGGCCAUCAUUGGUUGUCGACAGGAUAAAUGUCAAUUUGAUGUGUACAGAACCAGUGUUGUAUGGCAGAUUUCUGACAUUGACAGAAUGGACAAAUGGGAGACGGCGUCAGCGAAUGGUUACACGCUCUGGAGGAUCACUAAUAACGACUGGUGGUCAAAGGGGACUUCUGGGCGUCAGCGCAGGAAUGUUGACAGCAGCACCAAUACAUUCACAGUUGGAUCUGAAAUCUGUACAAGUACACAAGAUAAUUAUUAUUGUAAUGGACCACUUUCUGCUGAAACAAGCUAUGUAUUUGUUGUGGCGGUUUGCACCAGUGGAGGCUGCUUAUUGAGUCAGGACUACGGACCUUAUAGAACUAAAGCUGUCCCUGAUGAUAAGUCCAAUGUUGGCAUGAUAGUGGGCAUUGUUGUAGGAUGCUCUGCAGCACUCAUCAUCAUCAUAAUUGUCAUUGUUUUCCUACGUCGCAGAAGGAGCAAAAAACCAACUACCCACUUUUCUGGUGGUGAUAUUGAUAUCCUGGAAGAAAAGGUUGUUAAAAACAGGCCAAUUCGACUUAGUGAAUUCAACACUUACUUGGCUACGAUGAAAAGGGAUUCCAAUCUCAAGUUUUCUUCUGAAUAUGAGGACCUGAAAACUCUGAGCCCGAAGUUCUCAACAGAUGCCUCUGACAUGGAGGAGAACAGGCCAAAGAAUCGAUACAUCAACAUCAUACCAUUCGAUUCCACGCGGGUGAAGCUUAGCACGGAUGGCAACGAUGACAGUGACUACAUCAAUGCCAACUUCCUACCUGGCUACAAUUCACCACGGGAGUACAUUGGUUGUCAAGGACCGCUUGCUGCGACAGUUGAUGACAUGUGGCGUAUGAUCUGGGAACAGAAUGUCAGCAUCAUCGUCAUGCUAACACUCUGCACCGAAGGAAAUAAGAACAAGUGUGAGCAGUACUGGCCAGACACUGUUAAUGAACCGAAGCAGUACGGGGAAGUGGUGGUGGAGGUUACCUCCAGGUCUACCAUCAACCACUAUGACCUGAGGAUGAUGAAAAUAUCCAACGGAAAGCAGAAGCGUGAGCUGAAGCAUUUCCACUUCCUCACAUGGCACGACUACAAGGCUGAUGUCCACCACAACGUGAUGCUGAACUUCAUCAGCCGUGUCCGAGAAUCCAUGCGUCCGCCUGACAGCAACAAACCCACCCUUGUGCACUGCAGUGCUGGUGUGGGUAGGACAGGCACGUACAUUGCGGUGGACCACCUGAUGCAGUUCAUCAGGGACCAUGACUAUGAGGAGCAGAUUGACAUCUUUGACCUCGUCCUCAAGUUGAGGCACAAUAGGAGCCACAUGGUGCAGACUGAGCAACAGUACAUCUUCAUCCAUGAGUGUGUUAAGGAAAUGUUGGAUGAGAAAAUGAAGGCACAUGACAACCUUUAUGCCAAUGUGGGUGGCGAUGACAACCUUUAUGCCAACACACAGCAAGAGUCGUUGUAUGAGAACACGUUUACGGGUAAAACCCGCGAGGAGAAAACUGAGUUGUAAACCUCGAGAUUGGCUCUACCCAUGACACUUUGACGGGCGCAUAAGUCUGCAUGCCAUGAAUCACGCUUGUUUAACCAGAAUUCCAUGUUUUUUGUUUCAUCUGGCGUGUCAUAUCCAGGCAGGAUUCCAACACGACAGCUGAUAACGGCUCUGAGAUCACUCUGUAUGGAGCAUUUUUGUAGUGUAACUGCAAUGCCCAACAUUUCUGAUCUUGUUCACAUUUUUCCUUUAACAACAUACUUCUGAGAGUGUCCUCAUGUUAAUAUUUGCAGGGUGUGGUAGUUACUUGCAGUUUACUUAAUCGUAGUUGUUUAAAUCAAUACAACCUUACGGUAUAUGUUUUAUUUAUGGACUUAAAAAUCACAAAGUUUUGAGUGGUAUUUAUCAUUUUCAAACCAACUGACCUUAAACUCAUAAUCUCUGUAUUUUAUUAAUGUGUACAUCUAGAAUAAAAUAUGCAAAAGUAUAAAUGCAAUUCAUGCCAUAAAAUGCGAUUCUAAUUUCACAUGUACUGACCAAAAAUUCUGACAUCUAGCUGUGUUUGUAUACUUGUUGUUAUUUGCUAACCACAAUUAAUUUUGCUUGAAAGUAAUGUUGUUAUUUUAUUAUGACAUAUUCUAUUUUCUUAUUCAUAUAUAUUUUUUGUAAAGUACAGGUAAAUUAUUAUUUGAAUAUGUUAUUGUUGUUUAUUAUAUAGUAUAUUUUCUUCACUUAUUAUGAAUGUAACACUUUAAUAAUCCAAACAUCAUAAUGUAAAUUGUGUUUCUUCAUUUAUAAGCCAUCUAUUUUGUCAUUCAACAUAUACUUUUGUUCUAUUUAUUCCCUAAAUUACCCAUUUGAAAUUGGCAUUGAUAUUUGUUGUGGAAAAAAUAAUAUUGGCCAAUUGACUUCCAUAAAAUAAAGCUAAAUUGCAAGAGGAUCAGGACAAUUUACGAGUUCAUAAUUAAUCAUUAAACUAAAUUCUUUGAAAUCCCUCAGGUGUGUUACUGUUGUAUAUUAUUAUAUACUAUUAAAGCCAUUGACAAUGUAACAAUUAUGUUUUGCUGCUCAUGCCAAAGCUUUUUAGCAUGCCAAGUUUUGAAGAAGUUUUAAAUGUGGCUUAAUAUUUAUUUUUUACAUUCCAUAUCAUCUUGCUCAAUACUUGACUCAAACAUCCACAUAUACAUGCAUAUAAGAAUAUAUGUAUAUGUACAAAAGGCUUUACAUUUAUAUUGAAACAUUAUUUAUUGAAUAGCUUGUAUAGGCUAGAGAGUAUAAAAAAUGAUAACACAGAACUUGAAAACAUGACAUUAAUUCAAUACAUCCAAUAAUUAUGUGCCAUUUUCGUCUGCAAGUCGCCUUCACAAUACAUCCUAGUGACUGUGAAAACAAUCCUGAAUUGUUACAGGCUGUCAUAAUUUAAUGUCCUUGUAUGGUUUGAGGGUUUAACCAUGAAAAUAUGAAAUGACAAUGGUCAGAUUUCAACAGUUUAAUGUGUCUUCUUUAAUUCAAUUCUAUUUGAAAUACAAAAUGUAAGCCUAGCCUUGCACACUGUUUUAUUUUUCAUAUAAUAUAUUUUGCUAUGAUGGGCUUCAUGUGCAUUGAUGUUUUCAUUUCACAUUGAAACUGUUUCAGCUUCUGUCAAAGGUUUUCCAUUUGCAUUACAAUCAAAUAAAACAGCUUUUUAGAACUGUACAGAAUUUUUUAUAAUUCAUUUAUUGUAGAAGUUAUGUUUACUUUUGUGUAUACUAUGGGGACAUUUGUACUUUUUGUUUUUCUACAUAAUUUUGUUGUUUUUGCUGUAGUUGCUAAUUUAAGUUUUGAUUUCCACUCACUAAAUGUAUAUAGAUUUUACAGUGCACUACACACAUUUAUUGUUGGAUGUAAUAUUUUAAUAUUGUAGCAUAGAAUAAGUAUUUACUCGGUUAAGAAUUUGUAAUAUAAGUAAUAUGCUGACACAAUAAGUAACUUAACCAACUGAUAUUUCUCUGUGAGAUAUGAACUGUCUACCAAACCAUGUGAAAGAUAAAAAAAUCUGAAAGGAUAUGUGUUCCGAUAACUUUUUUAAUCGACUGGUCCUCACCAGAUUUUACAGACCUUGCUCUUCUUUAAACAAACAAUAAAAUACCUUUUAUAAAGUUUAUUUUUAUCACUAUGAUGUUCAAAAUGUUUAACAAAUGGUCUAUAAAUUUAACAAAAAAAAAAGAAGGUAAUACUUUCAAUUUAAAGUUAUCCACGAUUUUGUGAUCGUUGAAACAGCCGCUGGUACUGCAGACUAUAGCAUCAAAUCUUGACAGGGAGCCAGUAACGGUCAAGUGGUUUCCUGCUUUCACAAGGAUUGAAUCUUUGUAAAAUUCAAUUCAACCAAAAAAUUCACGAAAAAAGGUGCAAUAUUUGACUGGUUAUAAGAAUCGCAUGUGGAUAUUGUUAUGUCACCAGCUAAGAUAGCAAGUUUAACUAGUUGGUAAAAUCCAUUUUAUUUUAUAGCUAAACAAUCUAUCGAAUAUAAUUAAACAUAAUUUUGCAUUGGACAUAAGGACUACCAGUUUCGGGAAUAAUACCAAACCUCAGCAAAUUUUAUCAGAAAUGGCCGAGGUCUGACAUCUUUUACAUGGAUUGCUGUCUACUGUGAUAUAUAUUGACAUGGCAAAUUUUGUAUGGUUUAGAAGUUGAUUGAAUUAUUAUUUCUACUUAAACUGACAUUAUACACAUUUUUUAUUUUAUUAUCCAGUAAGGGUCACAAAUAUCCACCAAUGUGUUUAAGUUGUUUACUUUUGUCAGAUUGGUGAGCAUGUGUCCUGCAGUUUAAUCAAAAUCAAAACUACCAACAAAGUAAAGCAUCAAAAUCAUGACUUUUCUGUAAAUAGUUAUAUUGGAGGUUCUAGUACUGUUGAGGGUAAUUUUAUAAUUUAUGCAUGUUAAAAUUAGUCCCUUGAAAAAAAUGCUCUUAAUAUUUGUUCCUUGUUAUAUAAAUAAUAAAAAUGUAUCAAAUAAAUUACGAUGUGAAGUGAUAACCUAUGCAUGUUUUCCAAGUGCCUUUGUAAAGUUAAUAUAUGGAGUAUGCUUCCUUCCAUAUGAUAUUAUAUUGCUUGCUGUAAACAAAAAUUAUUAAUAAUUAUUAUAAUUAUUGUUAGUUAGCUAUUGAGCCUACGUUUUGUUAUGUUUGUAUAAAGUUGUGUUUUGAAUUGUUUUUUGUAGAACGUCUACUGUUAUAACUCUGAAUUUUUGACACAAAAAAAUAAAGACUUGCUUACUUUUGAAAAUUUAGAUUCCCAAAAUACUGUGUCCAAAAAUGUUCAGACACACUGACACUAUUUACCAUAAUGAAUGAAUCACUAAUUUUCAUAAUCAAGCAAAUUAAUGUAUUUGGUUUUAAAUGAAAAUACAGUUUCCUGAAAAGAUUUACACCAAAAAGUUAAAUGCAUUAAUCAGAAUUGUGUUUCGAAGUUUAUGAGCAAGGUACAUCAGCGCCUUAGGCAUUAUGUGAAGACCUGCACUGUGUCCCAGCACAGAUCCUUCCUAAUUUACUUCAGAGACACAAAGUUGGGACAAAUUUUAUAAUAAAAGCUGCAAUUACAUGCAAUUACGUGUAUCAUCUAUUUAUCAUCUAUUUAGCUUUUACUGAAAGAUAACUUUGAAGUGGUCUUGUGUGUGUGAGGGGGAGCCAGUGUACUUGGAAGAAACCUCACCUGUCCGGUAUGGUGACCCCCCAACAAAUCUCACAUGCACCGGUAGCAGGUAUUGAACCCCAGGGUCUCUUAGCUCAGUUAGAAGUGCCUAAACAAACAACUUUUCUAACCAGAUAGCUGCAAAUAUAUCAGUGCAUUGUUUUCUGAUUAAAAUGCAUUUUUCCAGAAAAAAAAAAUUCAUUAUUUGGGAAAAUCUGAAUAACAGAAAGAUUGGAGACAACAAUUAUUAUUUUGGCAUAAAAAGAGGAUUUGUGAAAAUUUUGAGUGUCCAAAAACUAUUAAUUACAUUAUUUACAAGUUAUUAAACUAGUUCAGGACCGUCCAGUUGCCAUAUUACGGUAAUAAACAUCUUGUAAAAUCUUGUCCUUUUCUUGAUAAGUUUAAGUAAAGAUGUUUCUUUAAUAUGACGACAUAAUGUCUAUUAAAUUAUAAAGAUCAAACUGUAGGAUUAAUUGUGAAAGUAGUUUAAUGUUUACCUUGCACAAAAACUAUUAUGAUAUUUGCUCAAAGACGUAAAACUCGUAAGGAUAAUCUAAGAUGAUUUUUUUACUUAUGUCACAUUUCUUAGGCAGUCCAGUUAGCCUACUUUGAGAUAUUUUCAAAUACUUUGUUCAGCCUUCAGGCUACACAGAGACUUAUACUUCAAAAAUGACAUUUAUGUCAGGAAUUUAAGUGCUUAUUGUUACAAGAACAUUUGCAUAUGCACAACAUAAAUUUGUUUGUGUGCCUUUACAAAAGCAAAGUCCCUUUUUGUUACUGUAUUUUCAUACUCAAAACAUGCUAUGCUUUAAAAAAUAUAUAUAUUUUAUUUGUUUACAUAUUACAUAUUGUUAUAUUUGUAUAUCUUUAUAUGUAUUUCUAACUGAAUGUUUUCUAUAUGUAUAAUCAGAAGGUAUGUAUGUUUAAUAGAACACAGGAUAUAAACUUACAAAAGGCUGUGAUUGGGAAUUGAAUUUGUUUAGUUAUUAUGUUGCAAAUAUGGCUCAAUGUAUAUCUAUGCAUCUAUAUAAGGUGGCACAUAUUUUUCUCAUUGUUGACCAGAACUUUAAAUGUACAGUCAAUCUUGUGCUUGCGCCCACAUGAAUUAAGCGACUUUUGUCUUAUGCGACCACUUUAAAUCCCGCCCGAGCGUUUUAACUAUAUUUUCAUAUUGUAUUAAGAGACUUUUGUCUUACGCGACCAGCGACCGCUGCUUUUAGUGUUUUUUGAAGCCCAAGUCUUGAAUUAAGCGACCGCGUUAAGGUAAAAGUGGUAAAUCUGUUGACCGUUCAGGGACAAAUCAGUGCUAAUUGCUUAUCUAAGCCGAUAACAUGAACGAUUACCGGUACACCUUUGUUUUGAUUUCACACUAGCCAUUUUCCUUUGUCUCGAUGACCGGUUCUGACCGGUGUUAAUGCUGACUGUGUAUCAAUUUUUGGUGUCAAAUAAUACAGUGAGGUAUUGCCAACAGUCUACGGGUUAAAGAGUUUACUAUCUGGGACAUUAAGUGACACAUUUUAUCUCCGAUUUUAUUGCAGAAACAAUGCGCCGACGCGACAAACAUUUUCACAGUGUUCUAUUAAUCGGUUACAUGUAGGGAAAUCUGGUCAUUAAAAACUGUAAUUGUUAUUAUGCUUAUUAGUUUGUGUUAGCAAAUUUUCCAAUCAGGCGUGUUUAUUUAGUUUUCAAUCAAGGUGUUUAAUUUAUUUCCCUAUGACCCAUAAUCGAGUCAGAGAUAUAUAUAAUCUUACAUGCAAAAAUUAAAAUGUCACAACAGAAAGUAUUAACGUUAAAUGAAUAAAUUCGGGUAAUGGAAGUGUCAAAUAAAAGUGCACAUAAAUUUAAUCGCGAAUGAGUUUGGAGUCGAAAAAACCCAUUCUCCGUGCAAUCCAUUUACAUUGUAUUUAGAAUUAGAGAGAACAAAUACAACUUAUUUUAAGUAAAAAGUUGUUUUAUUCAUUUUAUUUAUAUUUAGAUUCAUUUGAUUACAAAAGCUGAACACGCUGUGUCAAACGGAGAUAAUCCUAUAUCUGGAUUUAAAAUCAAAGGUCCGCAUUCAUACCAAAUGGCCUUUUUUUUAUUUAAAGACCAUUUUAUUAAGAGACCACUUUUGGUUACUCCCUUUAGUGGUCUCUAAAUACAAGAUUGACUGUAGUACAACUUAAAUGUAGUGUUUAUUAUGUGAAAUGAUCACAUCCAAGGACAGUUGUGUUUGUUUGUGUUCUAGCUGAAGACACUCUUUGUGCAUUAAUUUUCAAUCAUGCUAGAUUGUAAAAUGAGCAGUAUAUUUGACAUCAGGUAUAUAAACAAAACAAAAGGUUUUUAAUUAGUUUCCAAUAGUUAUACUGAGAAUACGGAAGAGCAUUAAGGAAUUUACAAACUAUUUGGAUUCUCUAGUAAUAUUGUCAAGAAUCUGGUUCACAUUACAUGUAUGUCCGUUCUCUAGACACAAACACUGAUGAUGGUAAUUGUGCUAAAAGAGAAAUCUUAUUUUUACCACUUGAAACAAUAAUUAUAAAACACACUAUGUAUCUUUGUAUUAAGCCUUGUUGGAAUUGUUUAAUCUAUGCAAGAAUAAAGUAUACUCUUUUA